AUGGACUAUCGGCAUGUGCAGCCUCCUUUUCGGCGCCUUGCCUUGGUGGUGCACUUAGUAUUGUUAGGCCUCUUACUUGCCUAUGCUGGAUAUGAGAUUUGCGAGAUUGUCAGCGCCUCCCGGUCCCCUCCUAGAGAAACGGUAAUGGAAGACUGGCACGGAGCUGGGAAAUGGGCGCUCUGCACUGACAGUACACUUCACAAAGCAGGUGUGGCACUGCCAACUACGAAGCAGUUGAUGCACAACGAGGAGAUUGCGGACUCCACAGACAAUCGAGGUUCAAUGCUAUCAAGAGAAACGAUUGAGAUCAACGGGCGGAAUCAGAGUUGCUCAGUUGUCGAUUUGUCCGAGUGGCAGAUGCCUCUGCCACCGCCAGUGCCCUUCCAUCUUUGCGGGCAGGCUCGGAAGAUGAGCCUUUACCUGAACAUGUUGGGCGAGUGGAGCUAUCUGGGAUUCAGUGAGGAUGGCAGCAGAUUAGUGCUGACCUUAGAUAAGCACAAGCAUGGCUGGAAUUUCGGAUAUGCCACUGAAGAAGAGGAUUAUUUCCAGGUCCAUCGUGCAGAGGAGACCUGUUGCCAAGACCGACAUGCAAAGUGUCAGCAUUGGUCGGAGUUUGAAUCUACAGAAGGAUUGGGAAUUUACUGGCGGGUGGUCAUAGAAACUCCUCUGGUCACAGUAUCAAGGAAGCUGGGUGCGUUACCACAGCUCUUUUCUUUGCUGGGAAACCUUGGAGGCUACUUGGCACUUCUGACUGCGACAUUCACGGCGAUUUUCGUGAGAAAGUAUCCUCACAGCGACGUUGCAAACGUUUACGAGGCGCGUACGCUGAUCGGCUACCAGGUGCCUCACAAUCCACGCAAUCCGGAAGAGGUCACGUUUGGUCGUGCCAGCGACAAAUGCCAGGUGGCGGAUGUGGACGUCACCACAUUGGCGGAUGUGGAGGUCACCACAUCGGGGGAGAGUAUGGGCGCAGCGGUGCUUUUGAAUGCCCACCCGCUGCCAACAAGCGGCACCACAAAAGCUGGGAAGACUGAGCGGAGCCAGCAAAAGCUAAAACUCUAG